AUGAGAAAAUAUCCAGACGGGGACGCCGCCUCGUCAUCGUCCUCCUCGGUGGACCCUCUCCUGGCACUCCGCACCUGGCGCCGGGACUCCAGCACCACCACCUCCUCCCCCGCCCCAUCCUCCCCGGCCUCCAGCAACGUCUCCCGCAGGAAGCGCCGCGUGCAGCGGCCGACGUCCCCCUCUCCGUCGCCACCACCACCACCACCGGAGGACGUCGACCCGGACGACACCGGGGCCCCGGACCACAUUGCCCGCCCUGUCGCCCGGCGUCCUGUUGCCGGGGGCGUUGGGGACGGGGGCGCCGUGACACUGCGUCCGCGUCAGCGCACGGUACCGCCGCCACUGCCGCAGUUCGCGCCGGUCUCCGACCGGCGAGUGAGGCGGCCGGUAGAGCGAUAUCAGGCGCCCGCCGACUCGGUGCCCCGCCGCCCUCGUCUGCCGCCCCCCAGCAGGCGUCCGCGUCAGCGGGCCGACGUCCGGGGGCUCCGGACCGUCCGGAGCAGUUGGUCCAGUUCCUUUUUAAGUUUAUCUCGCAAAGCAAUAGGCACUCUGUGUACAGGCAUAGUAGAAGAUCCAGACGGGGACGCCGCCUCGUCAUCGUCCUCCUCGGUGGACCCUCUCCUGGCACUCCGCACCUGGCGCCGGGACUCCAGCACCACCACCUCCUCCCCCGCCCCAUCCUCCCCGGCCUCCAGCAACGUCUCCCGCAGGAAGCGCCGCGUGCAGCGGCCGACGUCCCCCUCUCCGUCGCCACCACCACCACCACCGGAGGACGUCGACCCGGACGACACCGGGGCCCCGGACCACAUUGCCCGCCCUGUCGCCCGGCGUCCUGUUGCCGGGGGCGUUGGGGACGGGGGCGCCGUGACACUGCGUCCGCGUCAGCGCACGGUACCGCCGCCACUGCCGCAGUUCGCGCCGGUCUCCGACCGGCGAGUGAGGCGGCCGGUAGAGCGAUAUCAGGCGCCCGCCGACUCGGUGCCCCGCCGCCCUCGUCUGCCGCCCCCCAGCAGGCGUCCGCGUCAGCGGGCCGACGUCCGGGGGCUCCGGACCGUCCGGAGCAG